AUGGCAGUAUCCAAAAAUAAAAUAUUGUCGCACCACAUGAAUUUCGAGGAAACAAAGCUCUAUGGUGGUGCCAUCACCACAUAUAUCCCAGCCGGAAUGGUUGACGCAUCGACCCUGAGACAGAUCCCAGAUACACAGGAGGUGUUUGUGGCCGGGCCAGACACCCAGCUUGGCCCGGAGGACGCCAUCAUCUUUGAUCUCCUGGAGUCGGUCGACGUCCCUGACGAUGCCGCCGCCGAGUACCAUUUCCAGGAACUAGCCAAGCUCAAUGGCGCUGAUAACGCCAAAGUCCUAGAAGCAACAAAAAUUGUGUGUCCGAACUUCGCCCAGGACCCUACCUACGUCUUGGUUGGCUCGCAGGAGGCAAAGAAAUGGGGGAGGGACCAGACCGAAUUGGUGGUUUUACUCGGACUUAUCCGGCUCCAAAGAGUGCAGACCGACCUGCUGAUAACUUAUAACCUCCCGGGGGAAGAUUUUGGUCCCCGGAUUCCUGUCGCAAAACAAGUGAUUCAGCAUAUCCUGGAGUCACUGCAGGUGCAAGACUGGUCGCUAUUUGGCUGA